GGUCGGUGACGUGCUUCCUCUUUGCUGGGCGCGCGGUGGACGGUCUGAAGCGGAGAGCUCCGCUUUCGCUGGGGCUUCGCGGCUCCAGAGCCCAGCAUGGCUUCCUCGCGAACCUCUUCCACGGCAACCAAAACUAAGGCACCUGAUGACUUAGUCGCUCCUGUUGUGAAGAAACCACACAUCUAUUAUGGAAGUUUGGAAGAGAAGGAGAGGGAGCGUCUGGCCAAAGGAGAAUCUGGGAUUUUGGGAAAAGAAGGACUUAAAGCCGGAAUUGAAGCAGGAAAUAUUAACAUAACCUCGGGAGAAGUGUUUGAAAUUGAAGAGCACAUCAGUGAGCGACAGGCCGAAGUAUUAGCUGAGUUUGAGAGAAGGAAGCGAGCCCGGCAAAUCAAUGUUUCCACAGAUGACUCAGAGGUCAAGGCUUGCCUUAGAGCCUUGGGAGAGCCCAUCACACUUUUUGGAGAGGGUCCUGCUGAAAGAAGAGAAAGGUUAAGAAAUAUUCUCUCAGUGGUCGGUACUGAUGCCUUAAAAAAGACCAAAAAAGAUGACGAGAAAUCUAAGAAGUCCAAAGAAGAGUAUCAUCAAACCUGGUACCACGAAGGGCCAAACAGCCUGAAGGUUGCUAGACUAUGGAUUGCUAAUUAUUCACUGCCCAGGGCAAUGAAACGCUUGGAAGAGGCCCGUCUCCAUAAAGAGAUUCCUGAGACAACAAGAACCUCCCAAGUUCAAGAACUGCACAAAUCUCUCCGGUCUUUGAAUAAUUUCUGCAGUCAGAUUGGAGAUGAUCGGCCUAUCUCCUAUUGUCACUUUAGUCCUAAUUCCAAAAUGCUGGCCACAGCUUGUUGGAGUGGGCUUUGCAAGCUCUGGUCUGUUCCUGAUUGCAACCUUCUUUACACUCUUCGAGGUCAUAACACAAAUGUAGGAGCAAUUGUAUUCCAUCCAAAAUCCACUGUCUCCUUGGACCAGAAAGAUGUCAAUCUAGCUUCUUGUGCUGCUGAUGGUUCUGUGAAGCUUUGGAGCCUUGACAGUGAUGAACCAGUGGCAGAUAUUGAAGGUCACACGGUGCGUGUGGCCCGUGUAAUGUGGCACCCAUCCGGGCGUUUCUUGGGUACCACCUGCUAUGACCGCUCAUGGCGCUUAUGGGAUUUAGAGGCUCAGGAAGAGAUCCUGCAUCAGGAAGGCCACAGCAUGGGUGUAUAUGACAUCGCCUUCCAUCAAGAUGGCUCUUUGGCUGGCACUGGGGGACUGGAUGCAUUUGGUCGAGUUUGGGACCUGCGCACAGGACGUUGUAUCAUGUUCCUAGAAGGCCACUUGAAGGAAAUCUAUGGAAUAAACUUCUCCCCCAAUGGCUAUCAUGUUGCAACUGGCAGUGGCGACAACACCUGCAAAGUGUGGGACCUUCGACAGCGGCGUUGUGUCUACACCAUCCCUGCCCAUCAGAACUUAGUGACUGGUGUCAAGUUUGAGCCUAUCCAGGGGAAUUUCUUGCUCACUGGGGCCUAUGAUAACACAGCCAAGAUCUGGACCCACCCAGGCUGGUCUCCACUGAAGACUCUGGCCGGCCAUGAAGGCAAAGUGAUGGGCCUGGACAUUUCUUCCGAUGGGCAGCUCAUAGCCACUUGCUCAUAUGACAGGACCUUCAAGCUGUGGAUGGCUGAAUAGGCAGGACCUUGGAAAAAGGACUCUCACCUCAAACAAUCUCAUAAGGGCCAUUUUUCAAAAGAAAGGAAUUAAUAUGUUUGGUUCUAUCAUGUUUUUUGCCAAUUACUAUGUAUAGUCCCUUAAAAGAAUUGGAUUUCCAUGUCAGUCCCCACUCCACGCAGGCAGCCUGCCCAGUCCCUGUAUGCCAAACUUCAUAAAAUUUUAAUUUUCACGGUUGAAAUUUUAAUUUUCAUCUUUCAAGCCCUGCCACAAACUGUAAACAUUGUUCUUAUUAAUCUUUUGUUUGAAUGCCUAUUGCCUCCUUUACAGCACUCAGGAUUGUGACGGACUCCAUUUUUAAUUCUUGGAACUUGGCUUUCCGUUACAUGGUACAAGCUUCAGGACUACAUGUGACCCAGAGAGCAAGAUGGCUGGACCGUAGUCUGGAAGCUCUCGAGUCAGAUGGCACAUCUCUGGUGAAACAAUGCCUACAGAGUGAGAACCUUUCCUUGGCCUUUAGAAUGGGAGAUGAAGAGGUAGACCACAGCUGUGCUCAGAGUUAUGAAUUGAAGAUUUCACCUCUUCUUGUUGCAUUCACCUGGAAUGCUAACUGGGUGAGGAAGCUCAGAACUGAACAUUUGCCUCGUCAGAAAAUGUCUUCCAUUUUGCUUUGAAGUUUGGCAUCCUUCAUGUUACUCCAAAGCUAGGCCUUCGUGUCAAGAUUUAAUGAAAUUCUUAGAAAGCAAACAUGAUGUCUCUAUUGUUGCAGCCUCCUUUAUUGGUUAUUUAAAGGAUGUGUACCCUUCAUAUUGAGAUAACUGAAAAAAAUACCUUGUUAUUCCUAAACGUAAACUUUUUUUACAGAGUAAAAUCCUGUUAUAAAAACUCCUUUAAAGAAUUACUUUGUAUAGUUAAGCAUUUUCUGAAUCCCAGCAAUUGGUCCAUAAGAGGACCUCCUUUUUUUUGGUUUGAGAUGUAACAGAUCUCAAAUACAGCUUAUUCUAAUUUUGGUCUCCUUAAUAAGUACUCUUAAUAAUUUAAAAAUUUUAAGAAGUAGAGGGCUGUUGCAUUGUGGACCAGACUACCAGUAAACCCCAUCUGGACUGUAAUUCUUACUCAAUGACCAUCCAGCAAUUACCUUCACCUCUUUCCACCCCAAAUACACAACCACUGAAAGUACACAGUAAAUUCACAUAAAAAUAUAAUUAAAAGAAAGAAUUUAUAGAGAAUUCAAGAAGGGUGUAUAUGAAGGCUUCUUGAACACUCAAAACACUUUCCAUUUUGUUGUUCAGACAGGCUUAGAAUGUUUUUGCAUAACUCCUGUGAACUAUGAAUGUGUGACCUAUAGCUAAAUAAUUGUUUGAUUUCAAUUACAACCAAGUAGUUGCA